AUGCGAUCAUCAUCAACAUUCUGCCGCCUCCCGAGUGGCAUCGUUGGCAUAUCAUGUCUGUCCAGCCUAGCAUUGGCCGCCAGCACGUCAGAUUGGAAGUCUAGGACUGUCUACCAAACGAUGACAGAUCGAUUUUCUCGCACAGAUGGCUCGACAACCUUCCCUUGUAAUACCACCGAGGGCUUGUACUGCGGAGGAACAUGGCAGGGAACACUCAGCAAGUUGGAUUAUAUUCAAGGGAUGGGGUUCGACGCGAUUAUGAUUUCACCUAUCAUUGAGAAUGUUGAAGGUCAUGUCAAGUAUGGAGAGGCCUAUCACGGAUAUUGGCCGCUGGACUUAUACUCGCUCAACUCGCAUUUCGGAACUGAACAGGAUCUAUUGGAUUUGAGUAAAGAGGUGCAUGAUCGUGGCAUGUACUUGAUGAUGGAUACUGUCAUCAAUAACAUGGCCUACAUGACAAACGGCAGCUACCCUGGAACAAACAUUGAUUACUCGGUCUUUACACCCUUCAAUAAAUCGAAAUACUUUCACCCUUACUGUCUGAUCACGGACUGGAACAACUUUACAGACGCGCAAAUUUGCCAAACAGGUGAUAACUAUACCGCUUUACCGGAUCUUUUCACUGAGCACACUGAUGUUCAAUCGCUUUUGAUCAACUGGACUACGACCACGAUGACUAAAUAUUCAAUUGACGGACUCCGAAUCGAUGCUGCGAAGAGUGUUACUCCGUCAUUUUUACGAAAGUAUAACGAUGACCUUGGUGUGUUCAUGACUGGGGAGGUUAUGCAACAAGAAAUAUCGACCAUCUGCGAGUAUCAAAAAGAGUACAUUGGAAGUCUUCCCAACUAUCCAAUCUACUACUCGAUGCUACAAGCUUUCACCCUGGGGAACACGACUCAUCUCGCAAACAGCGUGGAUCUGAUGAAAGAUGCCUGCCCCGACAUCACUGCUCUUGUGUCGUUUUCAGAGAAUCAUGACGUUGAACGUUUCCCCAGUUUUGUUGAUGACAUAUCGCUUGCGAAAAAUGUUGUUACUUUCACUCUUCUCUACGACGGUGUCCCAUUCAUUUACCAAGGCCAAGAACAACACUUCAAGGGUGCCAACACACCAGCAAACCGACAAGCUCUGUGGUUAUCCGGCUAUAACACGGAUGCGGAGCUUUACAGUCUCAUCACGAAGCUUAAUAAGAUUCGCAAACAUGCCACCCGAUUAGACAGCAGCUAUGUGGAUCAACACACAUCUAACAUCUAUCUGGGCGGUAGUGAGUUAGGAUUCAGCAAGGGUAUUGAGGGGAAACAAACCAUCAUGCUUCUCUCAACGCAGGGCACAAAUGCGAAACCAUACGAUGUUAUAAUGCAAGGUACCUACAACGCUGGUAUGGACGUAACGGAGGUCCUAUAUUGCAGCAACUACACUGUCGAUGCUUUUGGUGCCCUGAGAGUCGGCAUGGAAUCGGGCUUGCCACGGGUCUUCUUCCCUACGCGACUUAUGGAAGGCAGUGGCCUCUGCGGCUACUCCUCUGCCAACCUGACUUACGCAGAACUCAGGACUGGUCAGUCAGGGUCUCAGCAAAAGUCUCUUGGAGUUGGAUUAAAUCAUAUUCGGGGACAAACUGUUUCCUUUGCAGUACUAUUGGCUCUGAUAAGUCUCAUUGCUGUUUGA